UCUGGUGUUGCUUAGCUACGUAUAGUUGCCGCUAGCUGCCCGCCAUGUUGCCUAGUAGCUCUCUUUGCAUUGUUUGAUAGAGGUUGGGAACAAUGGUUGACGCUGCACCACGACCACGUCCAACCUUUGAGACUUUCCUUCAAUCUGACUCAACAAAAGAUGGCCUAUCGUACUCUGAGCACCAGAGGUUACUGAGGUCUAAGAAUAUUGCACUGCUUCAAGAACAAAAGGAGAGAUCUCACGAACUAGGCUACAAGAAACCGAACAGUUCGCUCAUGCUGUCAGGACCAGUCAGUCGAAAGAUUUUCCAAUUGAAAACUAAAGACCCGGCAACUUUAAAAACCAGUCAAACAAAACAAAAUAAUUUAAACCUGGAUGCAAGAAGCAAAACAAAGUUAUCACCAGGGAAUCAAUUACCAAAGGUUGAUGGUUUAGAUAAGUCGUGUGUCCAGUUUGCUCAGGAGGACGAAUCCAAUACCCAGUCUGAGCGACUACCUCGGAUCAAAACCAGAGUGCGAAUGGUUAAGUCUGCAACUGCUCGCGACCACCAACUUUCAUCUCCCAGUCAUGUGACAAGCUGUUCACAUGAACGCCCGAAAACAGUAGGCGGUUUGAGGGACUUAGUGGUAUAUGCUGAUCAGGCAAAAGGAAAAAGUCAGGGUGUGCAAACUGAGAUUGAACCUCCUGUGACACGCAGCAGCACCCCUCUUCCCCAUAAACGAGCCUACACUGAAAGCACAGCUCAAGUUGUAGACCUUGAGGAUGCUGAACAGAGCGAGAGAGAUGCACUAGUAAGAGCUUACACUUGGAGGACAUCGUCUCAGAGAGCUGCAGAUGAGAUUGGCUGGAAUGAGCGAGUACCCCCCUCUGUACCUCCUGCGGUGUCCACUAUAGAGCAGUUUCCCGAUCCAGUCUCCAUGAAGCUCACUUUCAGACGUUAUCACAGUGAACCAGCUGAAUGGCAGAAUUUUGGAGCUGAAUGGGACUUUGUCCAGUCUCGUCGUGGCAAAUUUAUCAAUGGUCCUCAGGGCAUAAACUACUGCAGCCGCAAAACACAGCAAAUACCAGGAUACUAUGGGCACAUUCCUGAUAACUGGAUGACAGACAUGCCAGAUUCAAAUAGUAAGCCGACUUUCCUUAUCAGAUCUCUCAAACCAAGGGCAACUAACACGUCCAGAUUGGCAAAUAUUCCUGGUUACACUGGAUGUGUUCACUGGACAGCUGUGGCCCAUGCACACAGCAAUAUGCCUUUACCUGAACCCACAACCUCCGCUAGGACACACAGGGAGAUUCAACUUGAGGAGGAAAAGUCACCCUUUGCAAGGAAUAGCAUACUCUCCAAAAUGGUUAAGACUGUGUCACCAUACAACCCAUACAAUAAAAUUGACUAUUCCUAACACUACUACAUGUACAUGUACAAUUAUCGUAGACACAUCUCUGAUCUUUUAAUCCAUUUAUCAGGAGUGCAUGCACUCCUGACAUUAUCUGUAGCUCUGAUUAUUUCACUCUCACUAAUAUAUAAAUAGUAAUGAAAAGCA